ACCCCGAGGGCGGAGAGCGGCGAGCAAAACGGUGGCGUCGUUUCUGUUGUUUGGGUACUCCGCGAUUGCGAGCAUCAAUAUUUGCACCAGGAGGCUUGCAAGCAUUGGUGAACACAUCUCCAUUAUUUAUAACCAGCAUUGCGAGCGAUGGCGAUUGCCGGCACGCGCGUUGUGGAGCUGGCUGGCCUGGCCCCGGCGCCCUUCUGUGGGAUGGUGCUAGCGGACUUUGGGGCACAGGUGGUGCGUGUUGACCGCGCGGGGACGCGUGCCACCAUGCCGGAUGUGCUGGCACGGGGGAAACAAUCGCUGACGCUCAACCUGAAGUGUCCGCAAGGCGUAGCCGUGCUGCGCCGGCUGUGCCUUGCCUCCGAUGUUCUCAUUGAGCCCUUCCGUCCCGGUGUAAUGGAGCGGCUUGGCCUGGGCCCAGACGUGCUGCUUGGCGAGAACCCUCGUCUCAUCUACGCGCGGCUCACCGGCUUCGGCCAGAGCGGCCCCUAUGCCAGCAUGGCCGGCCACGACAUCAACUAUGUCGCCGUGUCCGGCUUGCUGUCCAUGCUGGGGCGCCAGGGCGAGAAGCCCACGCCGCCUCUGAACCUGCUGGCGGACUUUGCGGGCGGUGGGCUCAUGUGUGCCAUGGGCAUCACCAUGGCCAUGCUGGAGAGGAACAGGUCUGGUCUCGGGCAAGUCAUCGACACGAGCAUGGUGGAGGGGGCGGCCUAUGUGGGCUCAUUCGUGUGGCGCACACGGCCCGCGGGCCUGUGGGCCCGGCCUCGCGGAGAGAACAUGCUGGACACCGGGGCACCCUUCUACGACACGUACCGCACGGCCGACGGGCAGUAUGUGGCGGUCGGGGCCAUCGAGCCUCAGUUCUACUCCGCCCUCCUCAAAGGCUUGGGCUUGGACCCGGCGACCAUGCCGCACCAGAUGAGCAUGGACGACUGGCCGGCCACCAAGCGCGAGUUCUCACGCUGCUUCGCCCAGCGGUCGCGCGCCGACUGGUGCCGCGUGUUCGAGGGCAUGGACGCGUGCGUGACGCCCGUGCUCACGCCGGAAGAGGUGGCGGGCGACGCGCACGCCGCGGGGCGCGGCUCCUUCCUGCGCAACGCCGAUGGCACCAACGUCCCCGCGCCGGCGCCGCGCCUGUCGCGCACGCCGGCGCGGCCCGGCGACGGCACCACUGCCGCCGAUCCUGUGGUCGGACAGCACACGGAGAGCGUGCUGCGCGAGCUCGGCUAUGGCGAGCAGGAGGUGCGGCAGCUUCUUGCUGACGGAGUCGUGGAGAGCGCCGGCAGCAAAAACAAGCCACACCUCUGAGUUAUUGCAGAUGGGGGAGGCCAAGUGGUAAUUUUACCCAAAUUAUUAAAGCUCUAAUGUGUUUUCUGGUUGUAGCACGUGUUUGGUGCCAUGGUGGCGAGAUGUUAAUUACCUCGCCCGGUAUAUAGGAGGUCAUGGAUUCAAUCCCGACCCUGUCGCUUGUAUAUUUGGAGUGGUUGUGUGGUUUUUCUUCAGGUCCUCCGGUUUUUCCCUCCACAUUCAGAAACAUGUGUUUAGAGUAUUUGGCUGCUGUAUAUUUCCAAAUGAUAAGCCAUUCCGUGGAGCAAUCAUUUGUGGCCAGGUCGCUUUUGAAAAAUAAUUAUAUAGUUCAGUGCGGCUUACCUGAUAAAAUAAAAAAUAGUUUAGUAUAGUUUGGUGCCAGCUUCUUCAGAAACUCAAUUGGGUUCCUGAGAAAGCUUCCAGCAUGUGGGGCGAAUGUCGAAAACAUUUGCCGGACAACGCGUGGUGCAAACCCCACGACACGUCAACGAGCUGAACGGCACCACUGGGAAAUUCUUCAUCGUGGCAUCCUGAGUUUAUCUAGCAGUGUGAACGCACUACUUCUCGUAGACUUGGAUGGAUCUGGUUGCCAAAAUAUACAAGAGACAAGAAUAAAGACACUGCAUAAGCAUGUUAGCCCCACGGGCUGCGUUUAUAGAUUAAAUUACAGGGAUUAAAUUGGCGGUUGUGUACAAAGCAGGGGACUAUAAUUACCAUCCUUCUAUAUUCAGUCAUAAAUAACAAGUGCUCCCUGAUAACAACUGAAAAAUACGUACAGUGCGAAAGAAGUUCAACACCCAUGUUUUUCCAAAUUUGAAACCUUGUUUGCAAUGAGACAAAUAUCAAAUGCUGCCAUUAUUGUGUAUGUUCAUGAAUUAACAGAGAUUGCGGUGGCUUGUGGUGAAUUGUUUUGUAAGUUGGUUUCCAAUUUUUAAAAACGGGGGUUUGUUAUUUCAGGGUUUUCUGGGUGAUUUUUCUGAUAUGUCGGCCACGCGGUAUGGAAUAGACAACGGCACUUUUUCUUUUCUAACAAUGUCACUCAAUUAUGCGAAUUCAACAGUCAAAUAGCACAUUGUUGCGCAUACUGCAUAUUAUAUUUGUUGAAAUUAGCGUUGGCAGGGUGUGCUUUCAAUCAGCUUUUGUUGUGAAUUUCUGUAACGACUGGUUACGUGAUUAACCCUUGUUUUUUGUUCGCUAUGUAAAAAUAUGUAAUUUAAACAUCUGACGAUAAUAAAAAGCAAUUUAUAUAUCAGUCAUUCAAAA